GCCGGGCGAAAGCAUCAAGCGCAGCGUUGAAGCGCGUCGAGGAGUUGGCAUUGAUGAUGGUGGCGAAGAACUCCAUCCAUCCAUCCACAGCGCUCGAUCUCACUGCUCGUGUCUUGACCGUCUCGUCGGUCUGACUCUCUCUCUCUCUCCGGACGGCCUCCUGGUGCUGUGUCUGACCGAGGGACUUCUGGUGCUGCCCCGAUAGGGCUCAGGGCCGGGCUGUGGAGUGGAGGGGAAGGCCAAAGCAAAGGGGAAGAGCAAAGAGAGAGAGAGAGAGAGAGAGAAUUUGUGGGUUCGCCGUGCCGACGGGUGCCGAGAGAUUCAGAUAGGGGCCGGGGACAAUUACAUAUUUACCCCCUGUGCGUUUUGCCCGGCCGAUAGGUUGAAGUGCCGCGCGCGUCGGCCACCAAUUCGACGGAGAACAUCACCCUCACUCAUGACACUCUAUCGCGAGAAGGGAGUAGUACCGAAGAAGACCUUUGGGCUCUGAAACGUACAGGGGUGGCAGUUUCUCUGCUGUCGAGCUCUAGUCGGCUUGUGUUGCAGGGGCAUAGCAACUGCGAACGAACGAAGAAGGCCCACAUCGUAAAUUGGUCGAGUUCAAAUUGCUCCCAGUCAGCCCGGGCUUAUGAAGGGGAACUUCUCAGAAUCGGAACUGGAGUGUAUUAGGGUUGAGAAUGGAAGCGAGAGAGACCGAGAAAAACUCCCUCUCUUGCAGCCACCUUCAGUUUUGCAAAUCGAGGUGGCCGCGGAAGCCUCAGAUUCAGACGAUCAAGACAAGGGAAACAGUGCUUGUUGCCGUAUUUGCCUGGAAUCGGAGUCCGCUGGUCUCGGGGAUGAUUUGAUAUCACCGUGCAUGUGCAAGGGAACACAACAGUUUGUGCAUCGCUCGUGUUUGGAUCAUUGGCGGGCUGUAAAGGAGGGUUUUGCUUUCUCACAUUGCACCACAUGCAAGGCCCAAUUUCACCUACGCCCAGAGUUGCCGGAAGAUUACUCAUGGCGAAAGAUCAAGUUCAAACUGUUUGUGGCCCGUGAUGUUCUCUUGGUCUUUCUGGCAGUCCAAACAACCGUCUCCGCAUUGGGAGGAGUGACGUACCUGAUGGACUACAAUGGGCAGUUUCGUAACUCGUUCAGCGAUGGUUGGGACCGAGUGCUUUCAAAACACCCCAUUCCUUUCUACUAUGGGCUGGGCGUCUUCAUCUUCUUUGUCAUUCUUGGUAUCAGUGGCCUUGUCGUGCACUGCUCUUCAGUAACGAACCAUGAUCCAUGCAUGGGAGGUUGCCGAGAUGCUUGUUACGGCUGGGGUAUACUUGAUUGCUUUCCCGCUUCCGUUGAAGCAUGUGGGGCGCUUCUGGUGAUUUUUGUGGUCAUUUUUGCAAUACUCGGGAUUGCUUACGGUCUUCUUGCGGCAACAAUGGCGGUUCAAAGAAUAUGGCAACGGCACUACCACAUAUUGACGAAGAGAGUCCUGACCAAGGAGUAUAUAGUGGAGGACAUGCACGGUAACUAUUAUCCACCGACCCUCAGUGCAGAACACGCAGAUCGUCUCAAGGCUCUAAAUCUUCUGUAACCCGCUCCUGUGCAGGAAGUAGUGUGGAGAAAAUGUGAAAUAUUUGUUCAAACCUUUUUUUUACUAGAUUGUAUCUAUAGCUCAAAAUAGGUAGCUUAGGGCUAGUUGGGAAUUUUUUUUGGAGAGCUUGUGUCUGCCUUUAAAAGGCCAUCAAUGGUUGGUCUUGAGGCUCACUCACGGGCAGAGAUGGGCACUUGCGAAAACUUUAGGCGGUUUCCAAAAGUUGGAAAAGGCUAUGAGGAUGCAUUGCAAUAUUGACUAGCGAUCAAGUUACAGAUAAAUUGUACAUUUAUGCGGAGGGAUCAUGACAACGCAUGAUCGUAACCUCCCGUCAAUCACGGGUGCUUUUAGAAAGCUCUUGGGCAAAUUCUGAUAUUCAUGAAUACAUCUCUAGAUGAUUGCACAAAGAAUCUCCGUUAUUUUUGAGGACACGACCGUCCUAUACCAGUGGCAAAGAUUGUUGGGGAGAUUUUACUAUCACACCAAGC